AUGGAUGUGAACAGAGACCCCACGCUUCAGGAGCGACGUGCGGGGGAUGAGGCUCCCAAGGUGGGCAUCGCCGGAACCAACCACCUGGAGAAGGUGCUGGGUUCCUCGGGUUCCCCGGUCGAGCAGGACCUUUGCCAGGCUGAAGACCAGUCUGCAGGCAGCUUGAGCGACACAGGGCCACCGGAUGGUGACGGGGAAGGCAGUGUUGGGGAGGAGAGCAAGGCUGCUGGUGACGAAAUGCUUGAGAUUGUUGAUGAGGCUUUGGCAAGCCCAGUCACUCAGGAAGUGGAUGCAGCGGAGGAGGUCGAGGAGAACGUCCAGGUGGAGGUUGUACAGAGUGCCCCUCUGGAUGUUGAGGCUGCUGUUGUGGAAGAGGAGCUGCCGAGCCCGAGCCAUGCCAGCCUCGGUGAUGUGGUUGAACACCUCGCCGACCCCCCGGAGAUUGAGGCCGAAGAGGUUGGCGUUUGCAGCUCGCCCCUUCAGGGCCAAGCAAGUUGA